GGGUUCUUGUGUUGGGGCAAAUUGCUGCUCACCAUCGUUCACUUGUUGGGGUGUGUGAGAUGCAAAACUCAACGCAACUUGACUAAGUGGUAUCAACCUCUCUUAGACUCGAACGUUUUUUCACCUUUUGUUGGCGGAUGCGUGUCAGUUCCGCAUUAGUAAGAAUAUCACAGGUGUGAGAUCCCACGGGAAAACUUUUUCCCCUCAUGAUCAUAUGUGGAUGAACUUCAAAUUGCUAAAAGUGCCGUAGACAGUGGAUCCAUGAGCCUGAAGAGGAUUCAGACCCUUGCAUGAACUAGGUGCUGUAAUUCUGCGGAGAACAAUGAUCGCGGCCCGCUGUCACUUUGGGCUCGUCCUGAUGGGCUGCCUGAUGAGGGCCACCUCUUCCCUCAACCAAGACGAUCCCAACGUCUGCAGCCACUGGGAAAGCUACUCCGUGACGGUGCAGGAGUCCUACGCCCACCCCUUCGACCAAAUUUAUUACACCAGUUGCACGGACAUCCUCAACUGGUUCAAGUGCACGCGGCACAGGGUGAGCUACAGGGCGGCAUAUCGCCGGGGAGAGAAGACCAUGUACCGCCGGAAGUCCCAGUGCUGCCCCGGCUUCUAUGAGAACCUGGAGAUGUGUGUCCCCCACUGCGCCGAGAAAUGCGUCCACGGUCGCUGCGUGGCCCCCAACACCUGUCAGUGUGAGCCAGGCUGGGGGGGGGCAAACUGCUCCAGCGCGUGCGACAGCAGGCACUGGGGGCCCCACUGCAGCAACAGGUGCCAGUGCAAGAAUGGCGCUCUAUGCAACCCCAUCACGGGCUCCUGCUUGUGUGUGCCGGGCUACCGCGGAUGGCGCUGCGAGGAGCGCUGUGAGCCGGGCUCCUACGGCAGCGGCUGCCAGCAGCACUGCCAGUGCCAGAACGGGGCUACUUGCAACCAUGUGACGGGGGAGUGCCGCUGCCCACCGGGCUAUACCGGAGCCUUUUGCGAGGAGCUGUGUCCACCAGGCAAACAUGGACAACAGUGUGAGGAGCACUGUCCCUGCCAGAAUGGGGGUGUGUGCCACCACGUGACUGGGGAGUGUACCUGCCCCCCAGGGUGGAUGGGCGCCGUGUGCGGGCAGCCGUGCCCGGAGGGUCGCUACGGGAGGAACUGCACGCAGGAAUGCCAGUGUCACAACGGGGGCAUGUGCAUGUCGUCCACGGGGCAGUGCCAGUGCAGCCCCGGCUACAUCGGGGAGAGGUGCCAGGAGGAGUGCCCCGUCGGCACCUACGGUGUGGCCUGCAGCCAGACUUGCCUCUGUGCCAAUGGCGCCAAGUGCUACCACAUCAGCGGGGCGUGCCAAUGUGAGGCAGGCUACACCGGGGGGCGCUGCGAGGUGCGCCUCUGUCCCGACGGCAUCUACGGCCUCAAGUGUGAUCGCCACUGCCCCUGCCACGCCCACAACACCCUCAGUUGCCACCCCAUGUCUGGCGAGUGUACCUGCCGGCCCGGCUGGUCGGGGCUCUACUGCAACGAGACGUGCGCCCCGGGCUUUUUUGGGGAGUCCUGUCAGCAGGUGUGCCAGUGCCAGAACGGGGCAGACUGCCACAGCGUCAGCGGCGAGUGCGUCUGUGCCCCGGGAUUCAAGGGUGCCGACUGCUCCACGCCAUGCCCGGCAGGGACCCACGGGGUGAACUGCUCCUCGCCCUGCAGCUGUAAGAACGACGCUGUCUGCUCUCCGGUGGAUGGUUCCUGCGCCUGCAAAGCAGGUUGGCAUGGUGUAGACUGUUCCAUUAACUGCCCCAGCGGCACCUGGGGUCUGGGCUGCAACCUGACGUGCCGCUGCGGUGACGGCGGGGCCUGCGACGCGCUCAGCGGCACAUGCACAUGCGCACCCGGGUGGAGAGGCGAGAAAUGCGACUUCCACUGUGAGGAAGGGAAGUAUGGAAUGGACUGCAAGCAGGAGUGUGACUGCAGCCACGCCGAAGGGUGUCACCCUGCCACUGGGUACUGCCACUGCCAGGCGGGCUGGACAGGAAUCCAUUGUGACAGUGUCUGCACUGAGGGCCGCUGGGGCCUCAACUGCACGCUACCCUGUAACUGCAAGAAUGGGGCAUCCUGCUCCCCUGACGAGGGCACGUGCGAGUGUGCCCCCGGGUACCGGGGAGCCAUCUGCCAGCGUAUCUGCUCACCUGGGUUCUUCGGCCAUCGCUGCAGCCAGGCGUGUCCGCAGUGUGUGCACAGCAAUGGCCCCUGCCACCACGUGACGGGCCAGUGUGACUGCCUGCCAGGCUUCAAGGGAGCCCUCUGCAAUGAAGUGUGUCCCAGUGGCCGAUUCGGGAAGAACUGCGCGGGGCUGUGCACCUGCACCAACAACGGCACCUGUAACCCCAUUGACGGCUCCUGUCAGUGCUAUCCCGGCUGGAUAGGCAGCGACUGCUCCCAGCCCUGUCCGCCAGGCCAGUGGGGCCCCAACUGCAUCCACACCUGCAACUGCCACAACGGGGCCUUCUGCAGUGCCUACGACGGCGAGUGCAAGUGCACCGCAGGCUGGACCGGCCUCUACUGCACGCAGCGCUGCCCGCUGGGCUUCUACGGGAAGGACUGCUCCCAGAUCUGCCAGUGUCAGAACGGGGCCGACUGCGACCACAUCUCAGGCCAGUGCACCUGCCGCACAGGCUUCAUGGGAAGACACUGCGAGCAGAAAUGCCCCCCUGGCUCCUACGGCUACGGAUGCCGUCAGGUCUGCGAGUGCCUCAACAACUCCACCUGCGACCACAUGACCGGCACCUGCUACUGCAACCCAGGCUGGAAGGGCGCCAGGUGUGACCAAGCUGGUGUGAUCAUCGCAGGCAACCUCAACAGCCUGACCAGCACCGUGGUCCUAGCCGACUCCUACCAGAUAGGAGCCAUAGCCGGAAUCGUGGUCCUGGUGGUCCUGGUCCUCUUCCUCCUGGUCCUCUUCGUCAUCUACAGGAGGAAACAGAAGGGAAAGGAGCCCACCAUGCCAGCCGUCACCUACACACCGGCCGUGCGUGUCAUGAACACAGACUAUGCUGGCGCAGAGACCCUACCACAGACUGGUGAGGCACACCCAAACAGCAACUACUUCUCAAAUCCAAGCUAUCACACACUGACCCAGUGUACCAGUCCCCCACACAUCAACAAUAUCCCCUAUGGGAAGGCAAAGAACAACCAGCUGUUUGUGAACCUGAAGAACGUGGACCACAGGAAGCGGCCGCCGUCGGUGGAGCACACGGGCACCCUGCCGGCGGACUGGAAGCAGGGAGGAUGCUUCAACGAGCUGGGAGCUUUUGGAGUUGACAGACGCUAUAUGGGAAAAUCCCUUAGAGACCUGGUGAAGGGGACCCCCUACCAUGCCAGUUCCUGUUCCCUGAACAGCUCCGAGAACCCCUACGCCACCAUCAAGGACCCGCCCCUCUUGCUGCCCAAGAACACGGAGUGCGGCUACGUGGAGAUGAAGUCGCCAGUCCGGCGGGACUCGCCCUACGCGGAGAUCCACGGCUCCAGCCCCGCCAACAAGAACGUGUAUGAAGUCGAACCUACAGUGAAUGUUGGCCAUUCAGUCAGCAACAAUAACGGACCCCUCGGCCAGGACCCGUACGACUUACCAAAGAACAGCCACAUCCCCUGUCAUUACGAUCUCCUGCCCACACGGGACAGCCCUCCCUCACUGCACAAGGAGCUGGGCGAAUGAGCUGUCAGAGACUCUAAGGGACCAUGUGACUCCGCCCUGGCCACGUGCCGUUUCCCCGCUCCGCUUCCUCACAUCCCCUUCACCAGUAUGCUGUUUGUUCUGAUUCGUAUUUACUUUCACUGUAAUCAUUCUAAAUUGUGCUUGUCCGAGUUCUUCUUUUAUUUGACAUUCAGAUAAAUCUCUGAGUCUUAAGUUCUUCCAGACGCUAUCGUCUUAUACAAACAUGUUUCAUCAGUGGUUCAGCGACGAGUAACGUGGGUUGAGAUUGGAGUCUGGUUUUGUAUUUUAAUGGUUGUUUUCAGCAUGCAGCUUCCUAAAUGACCAGAUAACAGUUAUUAGGGUGAACAGAUAAUCCAUGUCAUCCCGGACACCUUGAGCUACUUCAGGUUUUACAAACUACCUUAAAACCGAAAGGCUCCUGCGUUUGCCUAAAUUGUUCAGUUCUUCUUGUGAUUUGACUGGUUUGU